AUGGCAAAGACAGCGCCACCCAAGAAGAAGGGUGUCACUUCGGUGCAUUCGCGUGCAGCCAAACGGGCAUCCUCUCCAGGCAUCGACCUCGACAAAUCCCUGAAGGAUCUCAAGCCUCCUCCAGCGACAAAGAAUCAACGGGAGUCUGUUCUAUCAAUCCACCAAGGCGCCGGAAUUUCAAAGAAGUCUAAGAAUGGUCGGAAGUCCGUCCUGAGCGCAAAAGCGAAGCGGCGGCAAGAGAAAGGACUGGAUCGUGCUGAAGCGGUGAUUGACAAGAAGGAAAUUAAGAUUGAGAAGAGCAAGGAUAGAGCAAGAACUGUUCAAGAGAGAGCCAAGAAUUGGGAGGAGUUAAACAAGAAAAUGCUUGCAAAGAAGGCGAGAGAAGAUGCGCUAGCUUUAGAGAAGGAGAAUGAGGGCUGGCAGAAUGCUGAGGAGAUGGAUGAGGACGAUCAUGUCAGGACCGCCGCUGCCCCGGAGCAUACGAUUAUGGAAGAUGUCGAGACUGCGAAGUCGAUACCUCUGCCCGCUGACGAUGAGGAGGACGAAAUUCUAUGA